CUCAGUGCUUCGAUAAUUAAGGAUGUCAAACACAUAAGGUAACGUACCCACGUCCAAAAUAUGUGUGUAACGUUUACGCUAUUCAUGCGUUACCAAGCUGACAAAUCCAUGAAAUCUGAGUUAGCGAGAAUAACUCCUCACGCGUAUAUUUAUUACUUUUCCUUUCCAUUGUAUAUUAUAAUGAGCAGUAGCAACGUUUUUGAAGCAGCGGCUCAAGGCGAUCUUGAAUACCUGCAACAAAACCGUGGCAAUGUUGGCGUGAAAAACGAGCGUGGCUGGACCGCACUGCAUUUCGCUGCCCGGUUUGGACAAGCCGACAUUGUCGAGUUUUUAGUGAAGCAGCCCGGUUGUGAUUUAUCAGCAACGAAUUCCGAAGGCAAAACGGCCGCUCAAGUUGCAGAAUUUUGGGGAUUUGACGCCAUCGCCAAACUUUUAGCGCCAUCACAAGGAGCCAGAGAAGAGCAAGAACAAAAUGAAGAACAAGCGAUCAUCAAGGGCUCGCCAUUCCCACCCAACCGGAACAACUUUUUUGCCGGUAGUCCAUUGAAUAGAUUCAGCUGGUAUCGAAAUGAUAAAAAUAUUCUACGUCGUUUAGCUCGGUCGCCACGAUCAAAAUAUCUGCUACUGAAUGGACUGGAUCCGUUGUUCGAGACAAAUGCUGGCCUUUAUCUCGCAAAAUAUGAUCAAGUUGCGUCGCUUGUGGAUAAAGCAGUUCCAGGAGAUGAUGGUGUGAAACCUGACAGUGACGUCAUGUUGGUCUUUUUGGGCAUUGACGAAAAGGAGGCGGCUGCUGAGGACGGUCAGGCAUAUUGGGCAUUGGAUUUGACCCCCAAGGGUCCACAUAAGCAAGAAUUAAAAAAACUUGUGGAAGGCUUUAAGGCGCAGAACUUAGAAUUCAGCCCUGCCCUUCCUCGAGCUUUCUCGAUUGAUGAAGAAGCGGCUUCUAUACUUGCUCAAGCGAGAGCCAUGCUGGACUGGAAUACACGCAAUCUCUAUUGUCCUGCAUGCGGACGAAAGACAUUUUCGGAUGAAGCAGGUCACAAACGUCGUUGCCCUAGCAGUGAACAUGAUCCAUGUAUUAGUCAAAAGGGAGUCCACAACUUUGCCUAUCCAAGAACAGACCCUGUCAUUAUUGUUGGUAUCGUUCAUCCCACAGAAGAUAAACUCCUUCUUGGUCGUCAAAAAAGAUGGCCCGGUCGAAUGCAUUCUUGUAUUGCGGGCUUUGUCGAAGCGGGCGAAUCCAUUGAAGAGGCAGUGCGUCGUGAAGCAUACGAGGAAGCAGGUGUCAAGGUGAAUCGCGUGCUUUAUCAUAGCAGUCAACCUUGGCCUUUCCCCAACUCCUUGAUGUUCGGAUUCAUUGCUGAGGCUGUAACAACUGAUAUCAAGUUGGAGGAUAAGGAGCUAGAAGCAGCAGUUUGGUUUACCCGUGCCGAGGUGCUCGCAGCAAUAAACCAAGAACCAGGAGCAAAGUUCACGAUGCCACCAGGCACUGCUAUUGCACACCAGCUUAUCAAGACAUGGGCGACAGACCGAGAGUGGAGGGCCAAGAAAUCCAAUGCCAAAAUGUAAAACAAGUAUUAUGAUACAAAUUCUGAAUAGAUUAAAUAAAGACAGUAUACAGUGCGAAAGAUGCUUAUCAUCUACCCACUAAGAGACAGUACGCCACAACAUGAGUAUCUUCAGGACACACAUAGCCUUGGUCUUAAUGAAAAUGAAUUCAUCAAGAACUUUUGGUACAGUCACUUGCAAGCUUUUGAAUGGGUAAUUGCAUCGUUUCUACACCUCUCGCUUAGUACGAUGUGCACAAUCGUGUCUCUUAUAGAUCCUAAAACACAGAAG